ACGUGACACAGGGCCAUGCGUUCCUUAUGCAACAUGGCGACCGGCAAGGGACUGGCAAUAGUUUUUCGACCAAAGACUAUUAAUUUAAUCAACAAUAGUAAUUUAAAUAAAUUUUCAUGUGGUAUUGUACAGAAAUGUAGAACGUGUCACCGAUCUAUCGCAACAGUAGUAUUGGGUGUCGGCAAGUGGGACUCAAGAAAAACAGAAAAAUGUAUAUUAGGAAAUUUAACUCAACCUCAAAGAGGAAUACAUUUAACUAGCAAACUUUUAAAACGUAAUUAUUAUGAAAUAUUGGGUGUAUCCAAAAAUGCAUCAGCAAAGGAUAUUAAGAAAGCUUAUUAUCAAUUGGCUAAAAAGUAUCAUCCUGAUACAAAUAAAGGAGAUCCAGAUGCCAGUAAAAAGUUCCAAGAGGUUUCAGAAGCUUAUGAAGUGUUAAGCGAUGAUACUAAAAGAAAACAAUAUGAUACGUGGGGAUCAACGUCAGAACAGAUGGGAAUGGGACAAGGUGGUGGCCAUGCUAAAGAUUUUGGUCAAAGUUGGCAAUUCAGAUCCUCAGUCAAUCCAGAAGAUUUAUUUAGGAAAAUAUUUGGAGAUGCUGGAUUUCAAAGUAGUGCAUUUGGUGAUUUUGAAGAUUUUGCUGAAUCAAAGUUUGGUUUUGGUGCAGCUCAAGAGGUUGUUAUGAAUUUAACAUUUUCACAAGCAGCAAGAGGAGUAAAUAAAGAAGUUCAGUUAAAUGUAUUAGAUACCUGCCCAAAAUGUUCAGGGUCCAGAUGUGAACCAGGAACAAAAGCAGUUAGAUGUCAAUAUUGUAAUGGAACUGGAAUGGAAACAAUUAGUACUGGUCCUUUUGUAAUGCGUUCUACAUGCCGUUACUGUCAUGGUACCCGAAUGUUUAUCAAAUUUCCAUGUCUUGAUUGCGAGGGAAAAGGACAAUCGGUGCAACGUAAGAAAGUGAUAGUCCCAGUACCGGCUGGCGUUGAAGAUGGUCAAACAAUUCGAAUGGCUGUGGGUAACAAAGAAGUAUUUAUAACAUUCCGCGUGGAAAAAUCAAAAUACUUUCGCAGAGAUGGUUCAGAUAUACAUACAGACGCUCAAAUUUCAUUAUCACAAGCAGUGCUUGGUGGUACAAUAAGAAUAGAAGGCGUUUACGAAGAUCAUACUAUACAAGUUCGUCCUGGUACUUCGUCCCAUACCAAAAUUCGCCUCAAUGGUAAAGGAAUAAAGAAAGUGAAUGGUACAGGAUGCGGAGAUCAUUAUGUACACAUUAAAAUUGUUAUACCUGAGAAAUUAAAUGAUAAGCAAUUGGCAUUACUCCAAGCUUAUGCUGAACUUGAAGAGGAUACACCCGGGAGUAUACAUGGCAUAACGUACAAGACAGAUGGUUCAAAGCAAAGUUAUACUGGUCCUUUGAAUUUGGUGGAAUCUAUACGAAUAGCAUUGGGGGAUAAAAAUGAUUCCGACAACCAAUGUUUAAGUUCAGAACCUUCAGGUCCAGGAGAUGUACCCCUUAAUAAAGGUAGAAUGAAGGAAACUCGUACGAGUGAUGAAGACGACGACACGCUACGACGGCGGGAAAUGUCCUAAACUUUUAGUUCAAACGUUAGAGGUUUCUCAUUAGAAUUAGUCCUUUGUAACAUCUAUACAAGAAGUAAAGUCAAAGUAAAAAAUAUAAUUGUUGUUAAACAGGAUUUAAUACAUUGACAUUAUAGACAUUAUUUACAUUCAAAUGAGAUUGACUGCAGUCCCAUGUUUUUGUUAAAAAUGUAGAUUGGAAUUAUUGCUUAACGGAUAUAUACAAAAAUUUCUCCUUUGAUUAAAAUAAAACACAUAUUAAGCAAAAACUGAUAGUUAUAGUAUCACAUCAGUGAUAUCUAUAAUAUUUAUGUAAUAAAUUUCGCAAACCGUUACAUCUUUA